AUGUCGCUCCUGGGGACCCUCAACCCCAACCUCAACCCGAUCCACGGCAAUGGCUCCGCGGAUGCCGAAACAGACCAGACCGCGGUUGUCGAGGCUCGUCGCCAUGACCCCGCGAGCAGCGUGAACACCGAUGACACGGCCCUGGAGAAGACCACCGAGAUUGGAAACGAGGAUUUGCUGGAAGCCGACGUCACUCGCCUGGCUCAGCAGCUCACGCGUGAAUCCACCCAUUUCUCCGUCUCUGCUGGGAACACCGAGAAUACCUUCACGGAAGCCAAGGAUGAAUCCACGCUGAACCCGCACAGCCCGAACUUCAGGGCGAAGAACUGGAUGAAGAACCUGCUCGCCAUUACAUCUCGCGACCCGGAACGCUACCCACAGCGCCAGGCCGGCGUCUCGUUUCGCAACCUCGGUGUGCAUGGGUUUGGAAGCCCCACGGAUUACCAGAAGGAUGUGCUCAACUCCAUCCUGCAGAUCGGUGGCCUGUUCCGCAUGCUUGCCGGGACGGGGAAGCAGAAGAUUCAGAUUCUGCGGAAUUUCGAUGGCUUGGUCAAGAGCGGCGAGAUGCUGGUCGUUCUGGGCCGUCCAGGAAGUGGCUGUUCGACCUUCUUGAAGACACUUGCUGGAGAAAUGAACGGAAUCUACAAGGAUGACACGACUCACAUGAACUACCAAGGAAUUUCCGACAAAAUGAUGAGGAACCAGUUUCGCGGUGAAGCUAUCUAUACGGCCGAGACGGAUGUCCACUUCCCCCAGCUGUCUGUUGGAGACACUCUGAAAUUCGCCGCUUUGGCUCGUGCCCCCCGCAACCGCCUGCCGGGUGUCUCUCGCGAGGAAUACGCCGAGCAUAUGCGGGAUGUGAUCAUGGCUAUGCUGGGUCUGUCGCACACUAUCAACACCCGGGUCGGUAACGACUUCGUGCGCGGUGUGUCUGGAGGCGAGCGCAAGCGUGUUAGUAUUGCCGAGGCCACCCUCUGUGCUAGCCCACUGCAGUGCUGGGACAACAGUACUCGUGGUCUGGACAGUGCAAACGCCUUGGAGUUCUGCAAGACCUUGAACCUGAUGACCAAGUAUACGGGCACUACGGUUGCAGUGGCCAUCUACCAGGCUUCCCAGAGCGCCUACGAUGUUUUUGACAAAGUCACGGUGCUGUACGAGGGCCGACAGAUCUACUUCGGCCGCACCAAUGAGGCCAAGGAGUUCUUCACUACGAUGGGAUUUGACUGCCCUGAGCGUCAAACGACGGCCGAUUUCCUGACCUCUCUCACUAGUCCCUCGGAGCGGAUUGUGAAGCCUGGCUUCGAGAACCUGGUUCCUCGGACUCCGGAUGAAUUCGCGGCUGCUUGGAAGAACAGCGAUGCCUACAAGAAAUUGAUCAAGGAGAUCGAGGAGUACGAUCAGGCCUACCCGAUCGGUGGGGAGUCGCUGCAGAAGUUCAUCGAUUCUCGUCGGGCCAUGCAGGACAGGAACCAGCGGGUGAAAUCUCCAUACACCAUGUCCGUCAUCCAGCAGGUUAACCUCUGCAUGGUUCGAGGUUUCCAGCGUCUCAAGGGCGAUGCUAGCUUGACCAUCAGUGCGCUGAUUGGUAACUUCAUUAUGGCUUUGAUUAUCGGCUCGGUCUUUUUCAACCUGGACGAUACUACGGAUUCGUUCUAUUCUCGUGGUGCUCUUUUGUUCUUCGCAGUUUUGCUCAAUGCGUUCUCGAGUGCACUUGAGAUUUUGACCCUUUAUGCCCAACGCCCGAUUGUCGAAAAGCAGGCUCGUUACGCCAUGUACCAUCCCUUUACCGAGGCCAUUGCCUCGAUGCUGUGUGAUAUGCCGUACAAACUUCUCAACUCGGUGACUUUCAACGUGCCGCUCUAUUUCAUGACGGGUCUUCGCCAGACUGCGGGCGCUUUCUUUACGUUCCUCCUGUUCUCCAUUGUGACCACUUUGACCAUGUCCAUGAUUUUCCGAACCAUCGCUGCCUCCUCGCGAACUCUAUCCCAGGCUUUGGUGCCAGCCGCCAUCCUGAUCCUGGGUCUGGUCAUCUACACGGGUUUCACCAUCCCGCCUAGCAACAUGCUGGGCUGGUCUCGGUGGAUGAACUACAUUGAUCCGAUCGCGUAUGGGUUCGAGUCGUUGAUGGUGAAUGAAUUCCACAACCGAGUUUUCCAGUGCCCGCCGGCGUCGUUCAUUCCCAAUGGCUCGGGCUACAUGGACGUUGGACUCAUGAACAAGAUCUGCUCGACCAAGGGUGCUAGGACCGGCUCGGACGUCGUGUACGGUGACAAUUAUCUCCACGAUAGCUUCCAGUACUACAACACCCACAAGUGGAGGAACCUCGGUAUCAUGUUUGCCUUCAUGGUUUUCUUCAUGGCCACUUACCUCAUCGGCACCGAGUACAUUUCCGAGUCCAAGUCCAAGGGUGAGGUCCUGCUCUUCCGUCGGGGCCACGCCCCCAAGAAGGUCGAAGACGAUGUGGAGCAGUCUCAGACUGUGAACCCCUCUGAGAAGACCAACGACGCGAGCGACGGUAAAGUCACCGCGGGUAUUCAACGGCAGACCGCCGUGUUCCACUGGCAGGACGUGUGCUAUGAUAUCAAGAUCAAGAACGAGGAGCGCCGCAUUCUGGACCACGUUGAUGGCUGGGUCAAACCGGGCACUUGCACGGCUCUGAUGGGUGUAUCCGGAGCAGGGAAAACUACACUUCUGGAUGUUUUGGCUACUCGAGUGACCAUGGGUGUUGUGUCGGGUGAGAUGUUGGUUGAUGGCCGUAUUCGUGACCAAUCUUUCCAGCGGAAGACAGGCUACGUUCAACAGCAGGAUCUUCAUCUCCAUACCACGACUGUCCGUGAAGCCCUUCGCUUCAGUGCCGUCCUUCGGCAACCAGCCCACGUCAGCCGCCAGGAGAAAUUCGAAUAUGUCGAGGAAGUGAUCAAGCUUUUGGGAAUGGAGCACUAUGCGGACGCCGUCGUUGGUGUUCCUGGUGAAGGUCUCAACGUUGAGCAGCGCAAGCGUCUCACGAUCGGAGUCGAGCUUGCUGCCAAGCCGCAGCUGCUCCUGUUCCUGGACGAGCCCACUUCCGGUCUUGACAGUCAGACUUCUUGGUCUAUUCUCGAUCUCAUCGACACCCUCACCAAGCACGGCCAGGCCAUUCUCUGCACGAUCCACCAGCCCUCUGCCAUGCUCUUCCAGCGUUUCGAUCGCCUGCUCUUCCUUGCCAAGGGCGGCAAGACCGUGUACUUUGGAGACAUCGGAGAGAAGUCGUCGACGCUUUCUAGCUACUUCGAGCGGAAUGGCGCGCCCAAGCUGCCCGCCGACGCUAACCCAGCCGAAUGGAUGCUUGAAGUCAUUGGAGCAGCACCCGGAUCGCACAGUGACAUUGACUGGCCUGUCGUGUGGCGUGAAAGCCCCGAGCGCAAGGGGGUGCUGGAGCACCUGGCGGAAUUGAAGUCGACUCUUUCCCAGAAGACCAUCGAGCCGGCCAGCGACGACCCUUCCAGCUUCAAGCAGUUUGCGGCGCCCUUCUCGGUGCAGCUCUGGGAGUGUCUCGUGCGCGUGUUCAGCCAGUACUGGCGAACGCCCGUCUACAUCUACUCCAAGUCGGCGCUGUCAAUCCUCACGGCUCUCUACAUUGGUUUCUCCUUCUUCCAGGCACAAAACACCGUCCAGGGUCUUCAGAACCAGAUGUUCAGUAUCUUCAUGCUCAUGACUAUAUUCGGUAACCUGGUCCAGCAAAUCAUGCCCCACUUCGUGACGCAGCGCUCGCUGUACGAGGUGCGCGAGCGGCCCUCCAAGACCUACUCGUGGCAGGCGUUCAUGACAGCCAACAUCCUAGUGGAACUGCCCUGGAACUCGCUGAUGGCCGUCCUGAUCUUCGUGUGCUGGUACUACCCAAUCGGCUUGUACCGCAACGCCGAGCCCACCGACUCGGUGCACGAGCGAGGUGCCCUGAUGUUCCUUCUGAUCCUGACCUUCCUCCUGUUCACCUCGACGUUCGCCCACAUGAUCAUCGCGGGUAUCGAGCUCGCCGAGACCGGCGGCAACCUGGCCAACCUGUUGUUCUCGCUCUGCCUGAUCUUCUGUGGUGUCCUCGCCACCCCGGACAAGAUGCCGCACUUCUGGAUCUUCAUGUACCGCGUCUCGCCCUUCACGUAUUUGGUGUCGGCCAUGUUAUCUACAGGCGUGUCCGGCACCGACGCUAUCUGCGAGCCCAUCGAAUUCCUGCGCUUCGAUGCCCCCUCGGGCAUGAACUGCUCCCAAUACCUCGACCCCUACCUCAAGGCGGCCGGUGGCUAUCUCGAAGACCCCAAUGCCCUGACCCACUGCUCCAUGUGCUCUAUUUCCAGCACUGACACCUACCUCGCUGCUGUGCUCAGUUACUACAAGGAUGCGUGGCGCAACUUUGGCCUCAUGUGGGUUUACAUUGCGGUCAAUAUUUUCUUGGCUGUGUUUAUCUACUGGCUUGCGCGUGUGCCCAAGGGAAGCCGGAACAAGGGUUCUUCUUGA